AUGGAUGUCAAAGGUAUUAAUUAUGUCAUUAACUAUGACAUGCCAGGUAACAUUGAGGAUUAUGUUCAUAGAAUUGGUAGAACUGGUAGAGCUGGUGCUAAAGGUACUGCCGUUUCAUUCUUUACUGAAGGUAACAAGACUCUUGGUGGUGAUUUGAUCUCAAUUAUGAGAGAAGCUAAGCAAGAAAUUCCACAAGAUUUAUUGAAAUACGACAGAAGACAACAUGGUGGUCAUCCAAGAUACGGUGGUGGCCGUGGUGGUUAUGGCCGUGGCCGUGGUGGCUAUGGCCGUGGUCGUGGCCGUGGUGGUUACGGUGGUGGAAACGGUGGUUACCAAAGAGACAAUGGUUGGGGUGGUAGAGGUAGACGUUAA